AUGGCAGAGGCAAGUGGGUUGAAUAGAAGAUUUGAGGACAUAGAGAUGUUGGAAGUCCCUGAUGAUGAUGAUGAACAAGAGGGAAAUUAUUCAACAUCAUCAGAAACAGAGGGUAUAUUAAGUGAUUCAUCAGACUCAACUAAAGAUGAAAUAGAUGCAAGCGCAAGUCAAUCACAAGAUCAAAAAGAUGCAAAUAUGUCUUCUAAUUCCAACAUUACAAUAUCUGCAUUCUUCACCGGUAAGAAUGAUUAUCCAGAUUUAUCACAAUGGUUGAAUUCCAAACAACUUUUGCAUUAUCAAUACGAUCAAAAAAGGUACUUAUCAAGUGUGAAUAAGGAAUCAGAAAUAGAUCAAAAUUAUAUCUCAUACCUCAACAACAAUUAUAAAGUGGUGGAACAACUAAUAACCAACAUUCAAUCAAUUGAAGAUGAAGAUCAAUUUACCCAACCAAUAGGUCUCAUAACUAAUUCGAAUACAACUGCAGAAAAGACCAAAAUCAAUUGCAUAAACCAGUCAUUCCAUUCAAUACUAGAAAAUCUAAGAAACCUUAAUCGGCAAGAUAAGUCAAUAGUUUCAGAUGACAAAAAUCAAUUUUUAUUAAUGAUACUUUCAUGUUUACAAUCUUCAGAAUUUUAUACAGAUAUGAAAGGAAUACCAGAAUUAAUUAUUGAAUGGGUGAAUAUGUUUGAUCCUGAACCUUCAGUGGAGUUAAUUGACGAAAUCAUGAUAAACCAUCCCCUGAGUUAUACACAUCCUUCAUUCUGGAAUACAUUAGUUUCUAAAAUGGUAUGCAGAGGGUUAUUUCAACAAGUUGAUGAAACCUUAGAGCAUUCAAAUUAUUAUGAAUUAGAAGAGAAAAAUAUUACUUUAUUUGAAGUUAUAAAUGAUUUAAGACAAUUAUUAGCUGAUUAUUCUACAUUUGCAUUAAAAGGUCAAUUCCCUCAAUGGAAAUUAUCAGCUUGUGAAUUUAGAGAUUCAAUUGCAUUUUCGAAACAACAGAUUGGUGAUGAUGAAGAUUCCAGUAAUUAUCAAAUUAUGUUGAGUCAAAUAUAUGAUAUUGCUUGUAUAAUGACUGGCUUCUCAAAAACUAUAACGAAUUAUUGUGAUAGUUGGUAUGAAGUAUAUUUAGCAUUUUCAUUGUAUCAAAUACGAGACAAUAAAGAAAUUUAUCAGGACUUUUUCCAAAAAGCUAUCACUGAAAAACCUCCAACACCUCAAAUACUAACUGAAGGUCAAGAUAAAAAUUAUGAUGAUUUAACAGAGUCAUGCUUUAUCAAUAUUUUGGAGAAAAAAUACGUAAAGGUAUUGGAAACUUUAUUUACAUUUGAUCCUGCCACAACUGCAUAUAUCUCACUACUAUUAGAAUUUAAAGGAGUAUUAAACAAUUAUUAUUUUGAUCAUAUAAAUGUGAGUGAUAAUAUAACUGACUUAUUCAAUAAGAAAACAAUAUCAGAAUAUUUUUUACUACGUCAUGCGUAUGAUUGUUUAAAUAUACAAAGUUUAGUUCCAAUUGGAAUAGGUCUUUUAUCAAACGAAAUAUUAAACACAUCAACCAAAAAAAUGGAAAGAAACAAAUCAACCAUAGCUCAAUUUUUACCACAUUAUAAACUUCAAUCGAAUGAUGAUUUAGAAUGGGCAUUAACUAUAUGUGCAGAUUUGGCUUUAGUAUCAACAGCAAGAAAUAUAUAUUAUCAAGCUGGUAUUCAAGCAUUAGAAGACGGCUAUUUAUAUGAUGCAUUAAAUGAUUUUGUAAAUUGUUAUGAUCCAGAAAAGGUCUCCGGGAAUUAUCAUAAAGAAGGUAUUCAAAAAAUACAUUAUAUAAUAUGGGAUAUAAUUUUCACUGAUUGUUUGGUUAACAAUAAACCAAUUCAAGAUGAAUUGAUAAACGACAUAGUUGAUCAAAAAAUGGAAGUUAAUAUUCAUCCUAUUAUUCAACAAUGCAUAUCACCAUACGCUGUUCUAAAAGAAUUUUACAAUUCAUUAGCAAAUAAUGAAUCAACGAAUGAAAUGUUAAACUUUUCAAGAGUUAUUCAUUUAUUGAAAUUUGAAUAUUUACCAAAGAAAUUUAAACCACUAUUAUUGAGUCAACUUUUAUUAUUUUUGAAUGAUGUUUCUCCAUUAAAAUUACCUGAUUUGAUUACUAUUAUUGAGAUGAUAGAUAAUUAUGAGAAUGAAAGCACUCAAGAAGAGAAAGAUGAAGGUGAACAAAUUUAUGCAUAUUCAACAACUAACAUAGAUGAGAGUAACCUUGAUGCAUAUGAUUGGCGUAAAGUAGUAGAGGAGUUACCAAAAGAUGUUGAGUCAUUGUUAAAGUUUUUGAGAAAUAAAGUCACUGUCAAAAUAAGUAAGGCAUUUAUAGAGAAAUGA